UCAAAUAAAACAAAACGAAAUGUCAAUGACGUCACGUUGGCGACAGUCGCGUUCUCAUUAUUUUUGUUUCGCAAUUUUUAGAAUAUCUGGGUUAUUUUAGCGAACGGUGCACAAAACCAAACGGAAACCGGAAUAAUCAACGAAAAUAUGGACAACCAGUACUAUUACAAGCUGAUGGCGAGUUAUCUGUCCAAACGGAACUGCGACGAGUCCUUUAUGAGGUACUUCUUUGGGAAAACUUCGACAAAGAAGACGCCCGAGGAAUUGGAGCGGGCGGACGAGCGCAAACGGCGGCUGCAGCGGGAACGCUCGCGGCGCUAUCGCGCGCUGAAGAACGCGAGACGACAGAACGAGGGAAGCGAAGAGGCGGGUUGGUCGAAGCAGCGCGCGCCGCCUGACGACGAGCCAAGCGACACUGACGAGCCGCCGACGCUGUGCGACCUGUCGUACGAGCCGGGCUCGUCGGACUGCGCGUCGGACGACAACUCGGCGCACUCAGCGGCCAGCGAGCCCGCCGCGGCGCCGCCCGCGCUCAGCCUGCGCGAGCUGCUGGCGCAGCCCAACGCCGAGCUGGACUACCCCACCGUGCACAGCCUCAUGUUCCACUGGCUGCAGACGUAACCGCCCCCGCGCUCGCGCCCGCUCCGCUCCACUCGCCACCCUACGUACUGAACACGAAGGAAAAGCGCGGAGUGCGGUGUGACAUAUCAAUGCUUCAAUAGUUCACACAAGAAGACCGAGCCGUCCUGUUAAUUUUACUUAUUAGAGUAUAUGAUAACUUUGUCAUUAGCUUUUAGUCGCUCCCGCGCAGCGAGGCGCUGCUCCUGUGGGAUUGGAUUGUGUCAAUUUAUCCUGACGGGAGCAGUUUUUUGGUAUAAUAUUAUGAGAUUUCAUGUAAUCACCCAAAUAAUUCUCACUGAAUAAUAUAGUAAUUAGAAAAUUUGGAGGUCUGGUGAGUGGGAGCAGAAUGUUGUGAAGAUUGGGACUGGUCGAGUGAUGUUGGGUGGUUACGUGAGAAGCACUGCUGGUGCAACUAGAUGUAGAAUAUUCCAUUAGACAAUAAGUUGUUAUAAGUUGCCAUAUCCUAUUACUUAGAUACUCAACUAUUAUAUAUGAUAUAGAGAAGUAUAUAGUUACUAUAUACCUAUAGUUUGUGAUAUGAAUGAAUUUACAUUUUGUGUGAAAUCUACAAUGUUAGCUAGUAUGGUAAUGUUAGGAGGGAGACAGGGCUCCGAGCACAUUCCUUGAGCCUGGUUGGUCAAGCUUGAGUCACAUUGGCAACAAGUACAUAUCUUACAACUUCAGUCCAUGGACAUAGUAUUUUAUAAUGGACAAUAAUGCAUAAUAUUACUAUUGUCUGUACCGUAGUAACUCAUCCACAGCUUGUAAGUUUUACUUGUCUCAUGUAUGCAGCUUUUCUUCAUGUGUGAUGUUCAUAUUCACCAAUGGCUGCUAAGAGCUAAGUAAAACGUACAUGAGGUAGUAGGCAUUAGUUUUGGUAGGACAUUUUCAGUUAGUGUAGUUUAGGGUCUCCAAACUUAUUUUCCCUAAGGGUUAC